AUGAAGGGGCACAUGACCUACUAUCAGGGCUCUGAGCUCUACAUCGAGUGGGUGGUCCAACACGGCUGCGGCUUGGGGCAGCCGAAUGUCAUCUGCCAGAUGGUGCUUCAGUACAUGUGUGAGAAGGACAAUCCAGGCAUCCGUGAUGGAACCAAGCGGGGCAACGACAACACUGCUGGCGGAGAGCAGGAGCCUCCUGUUGCGGUGGAGGCCGCAGAGGAAUCGCUUGGACAGCAUGAGCCCUUGGAUUUCUACCUCUCCUGCAAACAGCGCGAACGGCAGAAGGGGCUGUACACAGCGGACCAAAACGUCCGCGACGAUCGUGGGGCCACCGCCACGAGGCAGAACCCGAACGGCAAUGGCAACAACGACCGGCACGGCCUCGAGUGUCCGGAGGAGCGUGAUUACUACCCAUACUGGCAUCCUUCGCCGUGGCACGACAUCGCCGUCAUCACCGACGAGCCGUCCAGAAGGUGCGAAUACUACCGGAGCGAGUCCCAGAACGUGAAAGCAAAAGGCUACUGCAGCGAACCCCAGCACAACCAUCAGGAAGCGUGCUUGGACGCGGGAGCGGAAUGGCAGGAGGCUCCAGCCCAUGAGGAGCCCCCACCGGAGUGCGUCGCUGGCAUGUCCUCCCGUGACAACCACAACGGAAACGCUCGCGGCGGGCGUCCGAACUACUAUCUGUGGAGGAUACCCGACUACGUGGAGGGCCGCUGCGUGCUGCGGUUGCGGUACAAUAUCACCACCGGGGACUUCCGGUCCUCGGCGCUGGCCUCCGGCGAAGGCCCUUCCACCAACGUGCUGGACGUGGGUGAGGACUACUUUGCCCUGGACAAGGCCCUGAAUGACCCGAACCCUGGGCAACGGCGCCGAACGCCCUUCAAGGGCGGACCACCCGUCCUUCCACAAGAUCCCGUGGGCGACUGGCUGGACCUCGGCGAGGCUUUCCAGCUGCAGCUGCAGGUCAACACGAACCAGUACGGCCGCACCUUCGAAGACAGGACCCACAGCUUCGUCGUCACGCCGAGGCCGAGCAAAGUGCCCAGCUCGGCACGCAUCGUCAACUACAAUGUGCGCGGUCGACGUGGCAACAUCGUCCAGGUAUAUCCAUCUGUGGAAUACGACUUUGUACCUCAGGACCUGACGGUGUCAGUUGGAGACUACCUCCACUUCCAGUGGACGGGCUCCGAUGCCAACGCGAAGGGGAACGAUGGCAAUGGCCGGCAGAGCACUGACCGCUCCAACCUUGUGCAGGUGGCCGACCGCGAGGAAACGGUGCCGCUUCCCUGGAUUCAGCACCGCCUGCUGGUGGACGCUGCGGCGGCCGAGGCCGAGGAGGCCAAGGAGCUGGUGAGGAGGUUUGCAUACCUCGGACAGUCACCGGAUCUUUGCGACGCGGAAGACAACAACCAGAAUAGCAUCCAGAAUUGCAAGCAGCUGAAUGGUGCCCCCGCGUACUUCGACGGUGGCCUCGUGGAGAUGAAGACUGUGGGUCGGCACCAGGUGGUGAGCACCCGGAACAACGACUUCUCCAACCGCUCGCACAAGGCCUCGAUUACGGUGGUUCCUCGAAGCUGGAGUUGGCAGGAGGUUCUGUUGCUGGUAGCGGGCCUGGUCCUGCUGCUGGGCCUCUUGACCUACCUGGCCCUCGCGGCCAGGGCCCUAACCAGACUUAAGCAGCAGGAGACGUUCGUUUUCCUCCCCUCCUCUCUCAACGCUUUCUCUGCUUCCGCGGAAUCCCAGCAAAAGGGCGGCCGCGACGAUCUUCGCGGGGUCGUUUAA